AUGAUGACUUACAACAACAGAGAACUGGUGGAAUACUAUAUUACCUAUAAACUAUCACAGAGGGACUACCCCUUCAAUCACAUUGGGCUCACGGAAUCCCAGAGUCGGACUGAGGGGGGACCGGUGGACGGGAGUGCGGCAGUCAUGACAUACGUCAACUGCACAAUGAACGGGACGAGUCCUGGUACUCCACCACCACGGCAGUCACCCCCCUCCUCCCCUCGGCGGACAGAGGGCCUGGACGCAGUGAAAGAGGCACUGCGGGACUCUGCCAACGAGUUUGAGCUGCGUUAUGCCAGAGCGUUCAGUGACCUGGCCUCCCAGCUGCACAUCACGCCGUCCACAGCCUACCAGAGCUUCGAGAACGUGAUGGACGAGGUGUUCCGGGACGGUGUGAACUGGGGACGGGUGGUUGGCCUGUUUGCCUUCGGAGGGGCCCUCUGUGUAGAGUGUGUGGACAAGGAGAUGAGCCCUCUGGUGGGAAGGAUCACAGACUGGAUGACAGUCUACCUGGACAACCACAUCCAGCCCUGGAUCCAGAGCCAAGGAGGAUGGGUGAGUCACGACUGA